CAAGCACAAUCCAUCAAACACAAACUUUUCUCAACAUGAGAGCCUCAAUGAUCUCACUUCUCUUUCCUCUCAUAGCAAUCCUAAUAACCACAUUCACACAAAUCUCAUAUGCUCAAAACUCACCACAAGACUACCUCAACAUUCACAAUAAAGCACGUUCUCAAGUUGGUGUUGGCCCAAUAUAUUGGGAUCAAAAUGUUGCUUCAUAUGCACAAAACUAUGUAAACCAAUUAAAAGCAAAUUGCAAAAUGGUACACUCAAAGGGUCCAUAUGGUGAAAAUUUAGCAUGGAGUAGUGGUGACAUUACAGGAACAUCUGCUGUUAACAUGUGGAUUGAUGAGAAACAAUACUAUGAUUACAAUAGUAAUACAUGUGCUGUUGGUUAUAGAUGUGGACAUUAUACUCAAGUUGUUUGGCGCGAUUCGGUUCGCAUUGGAUGUGCUAAGGUAAAAUGUAACGAUGGUCGGAGUACGAUUAUUAGUUGUAACUAUGAUCCUCCUGGUAAUUAUAUUGGUCAGAGGCCUUUUGAUGUUGAUGCUUUUGAAUUGCCAUUGAGCUUCAACCAUGGUGGUUUUGGUGAUAAGUAAGGGGAAUGUUGUGAAUGAAUAAAUUGAUUAGUGACAGUUUUGUGUAUAUGUUAGUAUAUGCAGAAAGAGUCACAUUUUAUGUGUUUUUAGCUUUGAGUUUAAUGGAUUUUCAAGCCUUUGUAUAAGUUUGUUUAAUUUGGACAAAUUAUGAGCAGUUGGGUUAUUUCGACAC